CCUGGCUCAUACCACCAUGGGACGGAGCUUCUCCUUCCUCCUGCUCCUCUUCCUCCUGGCCCCGUGGCCCAGGGCCAGCGUGUCCUUCCUGCGGCACCGCUACACCUGUGGAGAGUUGGGAAUGCAACUCCUGGUAUUCCCGUCCCACGGCCGCUCCGUCCGCUUCAAGGUCCUGGAUGAGUUUGGGACCCACUUUGAUGUGGCAAACUGCUCCAUCUGCCUCCACCGGCUCAACUCUGGGGAGGAUGGAUCCGUCAUCUUCUCCUCUGGAUACAAGGGCUGCCAUGUCCUGCUCCAGGAGAACCGAUACAUCCUGAGGGUGCAGCUGGAGGAGCUGCUUCCCAGUGGGUUCCUGGUCACCUCCUCCGAGGUCAACAUGACCUGCCCAAAGCCGGGUGGCUCCGACACACGCCCGGAUGGCAGCCCGGAGCGGGGCCAGGAUAACGGAAUCCUGGUCUCCCAUGCUGGUCUCCAGCACCACGUCUCCCCGUCCUCCCUCACCCUGGCAGGAUCCCAGCUCUCAUCCCACACCCACUCAGAGCAGGUUCAUGCUGUGGCACGGAAUGAGCCCAGCUUGGUGCUUCCCAGGAUUUCGCCCCACUCCAACCCAGUUCACCCAGGGCUUCCAUCCGAGUCUAAUGGGAUUCGUCCUGUCUCCAAUACCCAGGGGGGCUUCAACCGCCCGGGAGUGCAGCCCUCCCACCUUGGGGGUCAGACCCAGCCAGGCCUUGCAUCCCAAAAUUCUCCCCGUAUGAGGCAUCCUGGGGGUCAAACUUGGCCAGGCCUUCGCCCGCAGUUUGUAUCCCAAAACCCUCCCAGUUUGGUGAAUUCUGGGAGUCAGACCCAGCCAGGGCACUUUCGCCCAGGGUUUGUACUCCCAAACCAUCCCAUUUCAGUGAAUCCCGGGAGUCAGACUCAACCAGGGCUUCGCCCAGGGGUUGUAUUCCCAGACCAUCCCAGUUCACUGAAUCCCGAGGGUCAAAACCAACCAGAACUUCGUCCAGGCCCUGUGUCCCAAAAUUCUCCCCGUCCUGUGCACUUCGAGAGUCAAACCCAGCCAGGGCCUCGUCCAGGGCCGAGGCCAAAUCCUCUCAGUCCGGUGUAUGUUGGGAGUCAGAUCCAGCCAGGGCUUCGUCCAGGGCCUGUAUCCCAAAAUCCUCCCAGUCCAGUGCAUUCUGGGACUCAAAAUCCACCAGGGCUUCGUCCAGGGUUUGUAUUCCAAAACCCUCCCAGUCCAGUGUAUGCCGGGAGUCAGACCCAGCCAGGGCAUCGUUCAGGGUCUGCAUCCCAAAACUCACCUGUUUUGGCUGCUGCUGGUGCUCACCCUCCAGCAGGAUUCCUGCGCCCAGGAUCUCAGCUCCCCAACCAGCCAGGAAUAGCUCAGCCCAGUUUUCCCUCCAGCUCACAAACUGGGCUCCCAAGCUACACUGGGCUGGUCCAUCCUGGCCAUCCCAGUCCGCCUUUAGUGAACCCGCGACUCUCAGCCUGGCCGGGUUUGAUCAGCCCCGGACUCCAGCCUGGAUUGCUGCAUCCUGGGAUCCACACUCCGCCCAGCCUGCUCCAGCCCACGGCACUCUUCUACCCUUCAGGAGGGGCAGGAAUGCAACUGACGCGGGAGCAGUGCCAGGUGCCGGUGGGUCGGAUGCCGUGCGUGGCUCCACAGGGACGGGAUGGCUGCAUCCAGGCGGGAUGCUGCUACGAAGACACGGACCGUGCCACACCCUGCUACUACGGGAACACCGCCACCGUGCAGUGCCUGCGGGAGGGGCAGUUUAUCCUGGUGGUCCCGCGGGGAAUGGCCGUGCAGCCCUACAACCUGGACAGUGUGCGGUUGGCCAGGAGCCAGGCAGGAUGUGAGCCCUUCCGCGUCACCGAGAGCUCUGUCAUGUUCCGCUUCCCAGUCACCCACUGCGGGACCACCCUGCAGGUUAUCGAGGACCGGCUGAUCUACGAGAACCAGCUGAUCUCCACCAUCGAUGUCCAGGGAUCCUCCCGUGGCUUCAUCACCCGCGACAGCGUCUACAUUCUCCAAGCUCGGUGCAUCUACAAUGCCAGUGACUUCCUUCCCUUGGGAAUGGAGGUGGCUGUGCCCCCCACGGCUGCUCCGCUGGCAGUGCCGGGACCGCUGGGGCUCCAGCUCCGGAUCGCCACCGAUGAAUCCUACAGCUCCUACCACCCCAUGGGCGACUUCCCCUUGGUGAGAGUGCUCAGGGACCCCAUUUUCGUGGAAGUCCGGCUGCUCCAGAAGACGGAUCCCAACCUGGUGCUGGUGCUCCACCAGUGCUGGGCCUCUCCUGGCUCCAGUGCCGCUUCCCAGCCCCAGUGGCCCAUCCUGGUGGACGGGUGUCCCUUCCAGGGGGACAAUUACCAGACACAGAUGGUGCCAGUGGGUCCAGCCUCUCCGGAGCUGCCAUUCCCGAGCCACUACCAGCGGUUUGUCAUCUCCACCUUCACCUUUGUGGAGCCUCCCGGGAUGGCCGUGAUGGAGGGAGAGGUGUACAUUUCCUGCAGUGCCUCUGUGUGCCACCUGGCCCAGCCAGAGCCGUGCCGCCCCUCCUGCCAGCUGGGAGCAACCUCACGAGCGCGUCGGUCUCUGGGGAACAGCAGGACGGCUGAUGGAAUGGGAACAGUCACAUCCCUGGGAUGCAUUCUCUUUCCCAAGGUUUCUAGGAGAAGCUGAGGAGGUGAGUGCUCUCUGCUCCCUGAAAACCCCUUCAUCCCAAAACAA